AUGUCUUCCAACUCAGAUAAUUCCCUCAAAGCUGAGGUCGACCGCCUGCGACUUGAGCUACAGGCUCUCCAGAUCUCCACUGGCGUAAAAGGCAUCACUAUAGGCAAAUAUUUGCUCACUCGUCUCAGUCAACUCGGCGUACGGUCCAUGUUUGGCCUGCCAGGAGACUUCAAUCUUGGAUUUUUGGAUGUCGUCGACGACUUCCCUGAUAUUGAUUGGGUUGGGAACUGCAAUGAGCUGAACGCUGCUUAUGCCGCCGAUGGAUAUGCCCGCAUCAAGUCAAGCUCCCUUGGCGUCAUCCUCACUACAUUUGGUGUUGGUGAAUUGUCUGCAGUAAAUGGAAUUGCGGGAGCCUUUUCGGAAAUGGUCCCUGUUCUACAUAUUGUUGGUGUACCAAGCACCAUCCAGCAAAAAACCAAACCCCUUCUUCAUCAUACCCUUGGCGACGGCAGGUUUGAUGCAUACCGUCAAGCCGCGAGCCACUUUGCUAUCAAGAACGCUGCAAUCCUUGACAAAGCGGACGCCGCCAAGCAGAUUGAUGACUUACUCACAGCAUGUAUCACGAAAGCCCGCCCUGUAUAUCUCAAUCUGCCUACAGACAUGGUAAAUGUCGAAAUCUCAUCGGAACGGCUCAAAAUACCCUUGUCGCACCGUCCACCUUCCAAUCCCGAGCAGGAGGAGGAAUUUGUCAUUGAACUUAUUGAAGAACGUGUAAAAGAGGCUGAAGGUGAUGUAGUCGUCAUCGUUGACGCCUGCGUCAUUCGACACGAUUGCCGCGAAGAAGUCAAAAAGUUCUUGAAAGACACUGGUUUCCCUGUGUAUGCCACACCCAUGGGUAAGACUGCGGUCGACGAAAAUUACGAGCGUUACGGAGGGAUAUACGUUGGGUCUUUAACUGCACCAUUGAUCAAGGAGAAAGUCGAAUCCGCUAAACUCAUCAUUUCAAUCGGUUCCCUCAUGAGCGAUUUCAACACCGGAAACUUUUCGUAUAAUAUUCCCAAACGCCAUCAUAUUGAACUGCACUCCGACCACACCCUCGUGCAGUACGGCCGUUUUGACGGCAUUGGCAUGAAAAACCUCCUCCCCAAGCUCACCGAGAAAUUAAAGUCCUUUUACCCUGUCUCGAGCCAGAUCAAGGUUCCGGAUUACAUCAAGCAAUUGCCUCAAGAAGAGACCUCUAUCAUCACCCACAAGUGGUUCUGGCCUCGCCUCGGGUUCUUCUUCAAGCCUAAGGAUGUGAUCGUUGCUGAUACUGGAACAUCCAAUUUCGGCAUUCUUGAGGUUCCUCUUCCUGCCAAUGCUGUCAUGGUCAGCCAGAUUCUAUGGGGUAGUAUCGGUUGGUCUGUCGGCAGCUGUCUCGGUGCCGCUCUGGCAGCCAAGGAAGUUGGCUUGAACCGUACUAUCUUGUUUGUUGGAGAUGGUAGCAUACAAUUGACAGUGCAAGAAAUUUCCGUGAUGAUUAGGAAGGGACUAAAACCUAUCAUCUUCAUUUUGAACAACAAAGGUUACACCAUAGAACGAAUGAUCCACGGGAAGCACAGAAAAUAUAACGAUAUCGCCGACUGGAACUGGACUUCGCUGCUGCACACCUUGAACGACGGUAAUAAGCAUGAAACUGCCAGCUAUACCGUCCAUAACAAGCGCGAACUCAAUGAUCUUCUCGACGACGAGUCUUUCGCCAGCGCAAGCAAGAUUCAAGUCGUCGAGGUCAUUAUGGAUGCGCUCGACGCUCCCUUGGCUCUCGUGAGACAAGCUGAGAUGACAGGGAAAGGCAACACUUACGGCGAUGGAUCAUAA